AAGCCUGAUUUCUUCAUUACAUCUGUCUCUAGUGCUAACUGUGUCAGUUAGCAAUGGGACCUCUAAAUCUAAUAUUAAUUUUAACCUGGAUAAGUGGCAUCUAUACUUUUGGAAAUACUGAUAAUAGGAAUGAUUAUAUUGAACAUGAUGCUGUUGUGAUAACAGCUUGUGACUUCAACGACAACAGUUUGCCCUUCUGUAAUUUUCAACAAGACAGUGAAGAUGAGAGUGAAUGGAUUCGCCAUAAGGGUCCCACACCCACAACUGGCACUGGACCUAGUGGGGACUAUCCCGAUGGCAAUGGUUAUUACAUAUACCAUGAAGCCGAUAAUGUCAGUAAUGGACAGAAAGCACGCUUGCUCAGUCCUGUGUUGAGCCCCACACAAGCUCAGAUUUGUGUUCAGUUUCGGUACUACAUGUAUGGUGCAGAUAACAGCAAUACUUUGACACUGCUGGAAAAGCGUCCUGGUGCAGAAGAACUGCUAUGGCAGAAAACUGGGAUACAGAGUCCAUCAUGGCUUGGAGCAGCUGUUACUGUGUCCAGACCAGCAGGGCAGCCUAUUGAAAUUGUAUUUGAAGCAAAGCGUGGGUUCUCUUCAUCAUGUGAUACAGCCUUGGAUAACAUUAACAUCACAGAGGGAGCUUGUCCUGGGUGUAUAUCUCAGUGUGACUUUGAUGCAACCGAUGACCUCUGUGGAUGGACAACCGAGGUCUCAGAUCCAGACCUGGUUGGUUGGAUUUUUUGGAAUGGACAAACUGAUACACCUGGUACAGGUCCCGAUGAUGAUUUCUCCAAACCAGGCUUGGGAUCAUAUCUCUUGAUGGAUUCCUUUGAUAGUAUCCCAGGAGCCUCAGCUCAACUGUGGAGUCCAUCCAUACCAGUACCAUCUUCGAACUGCCUGCAGCUGAACUUCCAUUAUUAUAUGUAUGGCACUGCUGCAGACAUGGAACUUAAUGUCCAUGUUGUCAUCAGUGGAGGAGCUCUAGGGUAUCCUGUUUUUAGCAUCAAGGGAAACCAAGGACAAGGUUGGAAACCAGCAGUGGUCAAAUUCAUCACUACAAGAGAUAUACAGUUUGUAAUUGUUGGUGUGUAUGGAAGUACAGUGGAGACAGAUAUUGCAAUAGACAGUCUGUGCAUCACAACCUGUGAUGCUCUAACAUCGACAACAACAAAGCCAACGACACCUGUUUCGUCUCCAAAACCUCCAACCCCACAGCCAUCCACACCAAAACCAACAACCACAAAACCCACUACACCUCAGCCGUCGACCCCACAGACAUCCACGCCUAAACCUACAACUACAAAACCAACUUCUCCUUCACCACCAACACCACCACCAGUGAAGUGUCCUCCCGAUGCUGAGUACAUAGAGUGUGGUCCACCUUGCAUUCCUAGCUGUCAAGAACCCUCUACCAACUGCACUGGCUCCUGUAUCAGUGGCUGCUUCUGCAAACCUGGUUUUGUGUUUCGGGGAAAACGCUGUGUUCGCAUUGAGACUUGUGGAUGUCUGGAUGAAGACAAUAAUUACUACGAGCCGGGAGAGAUUGUCUUUGGGAAUGGCUGCUCCCAACUGUGUCGCUGUGCAGGCAAUUAUACAUUGAACUGUGUGGACAACAGUUGUGACCCCACAGAAGAAUGUCGGGAAGUGGGAGGAAUCCAUGGCUGCUACCCUAAAGACACCUCGACUUGUAUCGCCUCAGGUGACCCACACUACACCACCUUUGAUAAGAAAUACUAUGACUUCAUGGGCAACUGCACUUACUUAAUGUCGGAGCCAUGUAACAGCACAGACGUACCUUACUUCGCUGUCUAUGUCGAUAAUGAGAAUCGCUACAACAUUCCCACGAUCAGUUAUGUGAGUGCUGUCCAUGUCCAUGUCCUGGGAGUGAAGGUGUCCAUCCUGAAACGAGGAGAUGUGCAGGUGAACGGAACCAAAGUAAACAUACCACUGAGCCCUGUUGCUGGAGUGGACAUUUUCAAACAGGGGACACUCUACACAGUGUCCAUGAACUUUGGUGUGACAGUUCGCUACGAUGGAAACCACUACGUGGACAUCAAAGUUAUCAAAGACUAUAAGGACAAGCUUUGUGGCCUGUGUGGAGACUACAAUGGCAAAAUUAAUGAUGACUUCCGCACCCCCACUGGUGAACUGGUCAACAGUCCAACUGAGUUUGGCAACAGCUGGAACACAGACCCAGACUGCAACAAAACCCCAGUUGACCCAAACCCAAGCUGCACAGACACAGAAAAGGACCUUUAUGAGAGUCCCGCUUAUUGCGGAAUCAUAUUGGACAGCAAAGGCCCGUUUGCCGUUUGUCAUCCAAAAGUCAAUCCUAACAGCUUCUUCCAAAACUGUGUGUUUGACCUGUGCGCGUUGGGUGGCCCUCACUCCGCAUUGUGUGAAGCGAUUGAAGCUUAUGUAAACGAGUGUCAGGACCGUGGUGUCAACAUCGGACCAUGGAGGAACAGUACCUUCUGCCCUCUUAUAUGCCCACCCAACAGCCACUACAAACCCUGCGUGUCUCCAUGCCAGCCCUCCUGUAACCCUCCUCCACCCAGCCAGUGUACUGGACCCUGUUCUGAGGGGUGUGAGUGUGACUCUGGAUAUGUACUCAGUGGUGACAAGUGUGUGAAGGAAGGCACAUGCGGCUGCAUGUAUAGUGGACAAUAUUACCAGCCAGGAGACACGUUCUACACUAAGGACUGUGAGCUGCUGUGCAAAUGUGAUUCUCCAUUCGUCACCUGCCGUGCCGCUGAAUGCCCUCCCAUGCAGCAGUGUGGUGUGCAGGGAGGGGAAAUAGGAUGCUACCCAGUUGACUCACAGGACUGCAUUAUAUCUGGUGAUCCCCAUUACAACACCUUUGAUGGUAAAUUCUACACCUUCAUGGGCACCUGCACUUACACCCUGGCCCGCAGCUGCAGAAACAACACUGGUCCCUGGUUCUCUGUGGAGGGAAAAAAUGAAGAGAGAGGGAUCACUGGUGUAUCCUAUCUCAAGAAGUUGUAUGUGACUGUCAGCGGUAUCACUGUAACAAUGAUGAAGAGCAGAACCACUCUGGUGAACGGUCGUAAAGUAGCUCUACCCCACUCUCCCUCUCCUCUAAUCACUUUAACAUCAGCUGGGCAGUAUGUUAUCCUCAGCACUCCUUUUGGUCUGGAGGUGAGCUGGGAUGGCAACCACUACGCUAAGAUCACUGUGCCAAGUACUUACUAUGAUCAGAUGUGUGGUUUGUGUGGAGACUACAAUGGAAACCCCAACAACGAUUUUACUAAGCCAGACGGUUCCCUGGCUGGCAGCUCAGAUCAGUUCGGCAACAGCUGGCAAACUGAUAAAGAUGAAGAUGAAACGUGCAAGCCUGAUGUCACACCUGACCCACCGUGUGACCCAAGUUUUGAGGCUGAAGUGUCUAAACCAGAGAAAUGUGGAAAAAUCACUGACACUGCAGGACCAUUCAGGGAUUGUAUAAAGGUGGUGGACCCUCUGCCAUUCUUCCAGAGCUGUGUGUUUGAUAUGUGCCGCUAUGAUGGACUGCUGCAGACUCUGUGUGACCAGCUACAGGCUUAUACUGAUGCCUGUCUCGGUGCAGGAGCUCCAGUGCAUCAGUGGAGGCAGCCAGACUUCUGCCCUCUGGUUUGUCCGCCUAACAGCCACUACUCUAUGUGUGUGAGUUCAUGUCCAGAGACAUGUGUGGGUGUGAUCGGCCCACCUGGCUGUGGAGAGAAGUGUGUUGAAGGCUGCAAGUGUGAUCCUGGCUUUGUCCUGAGCGACAACAAGUGUGUCCCUCUAAAAGACUGUGGCUGUGUGGAUCCUGAAGGCUCAUACCACCCUGUGAAUGAGAGCUGGUAUCUGGAAGGCUGUGAACACAAAUGUGUGUGUCUAAGUGGAAGAACCAUUCUAUGCUACAAUACCAGUUGUUUACCUACAGAGACCUGUCAACUGCUGGAUGGAGAGUACAUCUGUAAACCUAAUGAUGGACAAACAACAAAACCUCCAACCCCACAGCCAUCCACACCAAAACCAACAACCACAAAACCCACUACACCUCAGCCGUCGACCCCACAGACAUCCACGCCUAAACCUACAACUACAAAACCAACUUCUCCUUCACCACCAACACCACCACCAGUGAAGUGUCCUCCCGAUGCUGAGUACAUAGAGUGUGGUCCACCUUGCAUUCCUAGCUGUCAAGAACCCUCUACCAACUGCACUGGCUCCUGUAUCAGUGGCUGCUUCUGCAAACCUGGUUUUGUGUUUCGGGGAAAACGCUGUGUUCGCAUUGAGACUUGUGGAUGUCUGGAUGAAGACAAUAAUUACUACGAGCCGGGAGAGAUUGUCUUUGGGAAUGGCUGCUCCCAACUGUGUCGCUGUGCAGGCAAUUAUACAUUGAACUGUGUGGACAACAGUUGUGACCCCACAGAAGAAUGUCGGGAAGUGGGAGGAAUCCAUGGCUGCUACCCUAAAGACACCUCGACUUGUAUCGCCUCAGGUGACCCACACUACACCACCUUUGAUAAGAAAUACUAUGACUUCAUGGGCAACUGCACUUACUUAAUGUCGGAGCCAUGUAACAGCACAGACGUACCUUACUUCGCUGUCUAUGUCGAUAAUGAGAAUCGCUACAACAUUCCCACGAUCAGUUAUGUGAGUGCUGUCCAUGUCCAUGUCCUGGGAGUGAAGGUGUCCAUCCUGAAACGAGGAGAUGUGCAGGUGAACGGAACCAAAGUAAACAUACCACUGAGCCCUGUUGCUGGAGUGGACAUUUUCAAACAGGGGACACUCUACACAGUGUCCAUGAACUUUGGUGUGACAGUUCGCUACGAUGGAAACCACUACGUGGACAUCAAAGUUAUCAAAGACUAUAAGGACAAGCUUUGUGGCCUGUGUGGAGACUACAAUGGCAAAAUUAAUGAUGACUUCCGGACCCCCACUGGUGAACUGGUCAACAGUCCAACUGAGUUUGGCAACAGCUGGAACACAGACCCAGACUGCAACAAAACCCCAGUUGACCCAAACCCAAGCUGCACAGACACAGAAAAGGACCUUUAUGAGAGUCCCGCUUAUUGCGGAAUCAUAUUGGACAGCAAAGGCCCGUUUGCCGUUUGUCAUCCAAAAGUCAAUCCUAACAGCUUCUUCCAAAACUGUGUGUUUGACCUGUGCGCGUUGGGUGGCCCUCACUCCGCAUUGUGUGAAGCGAUUGAAGCUUAUGUAAACGAGUGUCAGGACCGUGGUGUCAACAUCGGACCAUGGAGGAACAGUACCUUCUGCCCUCUUAUAUGCCCACCCAACAGCCACUACAAACCCUGCGUGUCUCCAUGCCAGCCCUCCUGUAACCCUCCUCCACCCAGCCAGUGUACUGGACCCUGUUCUGAGGGGUGUGAGUGUGACUCUGGAUAUGUACUCAGUGGUGACAAGUGUGUGAAGGAAGGCACAUGCGGCUGCAUGUAUAGUGGACAAUAUUACCAGCCAGGAGACACGUUCUACACUAAGGACUGUGAGCUGCUGUGCAAAUGUGAUUCUCCAUUCGUCACCUGCCGUGCCGCUGAAUGCCCUCCCAUGCAGCAGUGUGGUGUGCAGGGAGGGGAAAUAGGAUGCUACCCAGUUGACUCACAGGACUGCAUUAUAUCUGGUGAUCCCCAUUACAACACCUUUGAUGGUAAAUUCUACACCUUCAUGGGCACCUGCACUUACACCCUGGCCCGCAGCUGCAGAAACAACACUGGUCCCUGGUUCUCUGUGGAGGGAAAAAAUGAAGAGAGAGGGAUCACUGGUGUAUCCUAUCUCAAGAAGUUGUAUGUGACUGUCAGCGGUAUCACUGUAACAAUGAUGAAGAGCAGAACCACUCUGGUGAACGGUCGUAAAGUAGCUCUACCCCACUCUCCCUCUCCUCUAAUCACUUUAACAUCAGCUGGGCAGUAUGUUAUCCUCAGCACUCCUUUUGGUCUGGAGGUGAGCUGGGAUGGCAACCACUACGCUAAGAUCACUGUGCCCAGUACUUACUAUGAUCAGAUGUGUGGUUUGUGUGGAGACUACAAUGGAAACCCCAACAACGAUUUUACUAAGCCAGACGGUUCCCUGGCUGGCAGCUCAGAUCAGUUCGGCAACAGCUGGCAAACUGAUAAAGAUGAAGAUGAAACGUGCAAGCCUGAUGUCACACCUGACCCACCGUGUGAUCCAAGUUUUGAGGCUGAAGUGUCUAAACCAGAGAAAUGUGGAAAAAUCACUGACACUGCAGGACCAUUCAGGGAUUGUAUAAAGGUGGUGGACCCUCUGCCAUUCUUCCAGAGCUGUGUGUUUGAUAUGUGCCGCUAUGAUGGGCUGCUGCAGACUCUGUGUGACCAGCUACAGGCUUAUACUGAUGCCUGUCUCGGUGCAGGAGCUCCAGUGCAUCAGUGGAGGCAGCCAGACUUCUGCCCUCUGGUUUGUCCGCCUAACAGCCACUACUCUAUGUGUGUGAGUUCAUGUCCAGAGACAUGUGUGGGUGUGAGCGGCCCACCUGGCUGUGGAGAGAAGUGUGUUGAAGGAUGCAAGUGUGAUCCUGGCUUUGUCCUGAGUGACAACAAGUGUGUCCCUCUAAAAGACUGUGGCUGUGUGGAUCCUGAAGGCUCCUACCACCCUGUGAAUGAGAGCUGGUAUCUGGAAGGCUGUGAACACAAAUGUGUGUGUCUAAGUGGAAGAACCAUUCUAUGCUACAAUACCAGUUGUUUACCUACAGAGACCUGUCAACUGCUGGAUGGAGAGUACAUCUGUAAACCUAAUGAUGGACAAACAACAAAACCUCCAACCCCACAGCCAUCCACACCAAAACCAACAACCACAAAACCCACUACACCUCAGCCGUCGACCCCACAGACAUCCACGCCUAAACCUACAACUACAAAACCAACUUCUCCUUCACCACCAACACCACCACCAGUGAAGUGUCCUCCUGAUGCUGAGUACAUAGAGUGUGGUCCACCUUGCAUUCCUAGCUGUCAAGAACCCUCUACCAACUGCACUGGCUCCUGUAUCAGUGGCUGCUUCUGCAAACCUGGUUUUGUGUUUCGGGGAAAACGCUGUGUUCGCAUUGAGACUUGUGGAUGUCUGGAUGAAGACAAUAAUUACUACGAGCCGGGAGAGAUUGUCUUUGGGAAUGGCUGCUCCCAACUGUGUCGCUGUGCAGGCAAUUAUACAUUGAACUGUGUGGACAACAGUUGUGACCCCACAGAAGAAUGUCGGGAAGUGGGAGGAAUCCAUGGCUGCUACCCUAAAGACACCUCGACUUGUAUCGCCUCAGGUGACCCACACUACACCACCUUUGAUAAGAAAUACUAUGACUUCAUGGGCAACUGCACUUACUUAAUGUCGGAGCCAUGUAACAGCACAGACGUACCUUACUUCGCUGUCUAUGUCGAUAAUGAGAAUCGCUACAACAUUCCCACGAUCAGUUAUGUGAGUGCUGUCCAUGUCCAUGUCCUGGGAGUGAAGGUGUCCAUCCUGAAACGAGGAGAUGUGCAGGUGAACGGAACCAAAGUAAACAUACCACUGAGCCCUGUUGCUGGAGUGGACAUUUUCAAACAGGGGACACUCUACACAGUGUCCAUGAACUUUGGUGUGACAGUUCGCUAUGAUGGAAACCACUACGUGGACAUCAAAGUUAUCAAAGACUAUAAGGACAAGCUUUGUGGCCUGUGUGGAGACUACAAUGGCAAAAUUAAUGAUGACUUCCGCACCCCCACUGGUGAACUGGUCAACAGUCCAACUGAGUUUGGCAACAGCUGGAACACAGACCCAGACUGCAACAAAACCCCAGUUGACCCAAACCCAAGCUGCACAGACACAGAAAAGGACCUUUAUGAGAGUCCCGCUUAUUGCGGAAUCAUAUUGGACAGCAAAGGCCCGUUUGCCGUUUGUCAUCCAAAAGUCAAUCCUAACAGCUUCUUCCAAAACUGUGUGUUUGACCUGUGCGCGUUGGGUGGCCCUCACUCCGCAUUGUGUGAAGCGAUUGAAGCUUAUGUAAACGAGUGUCAGGACCGUGGUGUCAACAUCGGACCAUGGAGGAACAGUACCUUCUGCCCUCUUAUAUGCCCACCCAACAGCCACUACAAACCCUGCGUGUCUCCAUGCCAGCCCUCCUGUAACCCUCCUCCACCCAGCCAGUGUACUGGACCCUGUUCUGAGGGGUGUGAGUGUGACUCUGGAUAUGUACUCAGUGGUGACAAGUGUGUGAAGGAAGGCACAUGCGGCUGCAUGUAUAGUGGACAAUAUUACCAGCCAGGAGACACGUUCUACACUAAGGACUGUGAGCUGCUGUGCAAAUGUGAUUCUCCAUUCGUCACCUGCCGUGCCGCUGAAUGCCCUCCCAUGCAGCAGUGUGGUGUGCAGGGAGGGGAAAUAGGAUGCUACCCAGUUGACUCACAGGACUGCAUUAUAUCUGGUGAUCCCCAUUACAACACCUUUGAUGGUAAAUUCUACACCUUCAUGGGCACCUGCACUUACACCCUGGCCCGCAGCUGCAGAAACAACACUGGUCCCUGGUUCUCUGUGGAGGGAAAAAAUGAAGAGAGAGGGAUCACUGGUGUAUCCUAUCUCAAGAAGUUGUAUGUGACUGUCAGCGGUAUCACUGUAACAAUGAUGAAGAGCAGAACCACUCUGGUGAACGGUCGUAAAGUAGCUCUACCCCACUCUCCCUCUCCUCUAAUCACUUUAACAUCAGCUGGGCAGUAUGUUAUCCUCAGCACUCCUUUUGGUCUGGAGGUGAGCUGGGAUGGCAACCACUACGCUAAGAUCACUGUGCCAAGUACUUACUAUGAUCAGAUGUGUGGUUUGUGUGGAGACUACAAUGGAAACCCCAACAACGAUUUUACUAAGCCAGACGGUUCCCUGGCUGGCAGCUCAGAUCAGUUCGGCAACAGCUGGCAAACUGAUAAAGAUGAAGAUGAAACGUGCAAGCCUGAUGUCACACCUGACCCACCGUGUGAUCCAAGUUUUGAGGCUGAAGUGUCUAAACCAGAGAAAUGUGGAAAAAUCACUGACACUGCAGGACCAUUCAGGGAUUGUAUAAAGGUGGUGGACCCUCUGCCAUUCUUCCAGAGCUGUGUGUUUGAUAUGUGCCGCUAUGAUGGGCUGCUGCAGACUCUGUGUGACCAGCUACAGGCUUAUACUGAUGCCUGUCUCGGUGCAGGAGCUCCAGUGCAUCAGUGGAGGCAGCCAGACUUCUGCCCUCUGGUUUGUCCGCCUAACAGCCACUACUCUAUGUGUGUGAGUUCAUGUCCAGAGACAUGUGUGGGUGUGAGCGGCCCACCUGGCUGUGGAGAGAAGUGUGUUGAAGGAUGCAAGUGUGAUCCUGGCUUUGUCCUGAGCGACAACAAGUGUGUCCCUCUAAAAGACUGUGGCUGUGUGGAUCCUGAAGGCUCCUACCACCCUGUGAAUGAGAGCUGGUAUCUGGAAGGCUGUGAACACAAAUGUGUGUGUCUAAGUGGAAGAACCAUUCUAUGCUACAAUACCAGUUGUUUACCUACAGAGACCUGUCAACUGCUGGAUGGAGAGUACAUCUGUAAACCUAAUGAUGGACAAACAACAAAACCUCCAACCCCACAGCCAUCCACACCAAAACCAACAACCACAAAACCCACUACACCUCAGCCGUCGACCCCACAGACAUCCACGCCUAAACCUACAACUACAAAACCAACUUCUCCUUCACCACCAACACCACCACCAGUGAAGUGUCCUCCCGAUGCUGAGUACAUAGAGUGUGGUCCACCUUGCAUUCCUAGCUGUCAAGAACCCUCUACCAACUGCACUGGCUCCUGUAUCAGUGGCUGCUUCUGCAAACCUGGUUUUGUGUUUCGGGGAAAACGCUGUGUUCGCAUUGAGACUUGUGGAUGUCUGGAUGAAGACAAUAAUUACUACGAGCCGGGAGAGAUUGUCUUUGGGAAUGGCUGCUCCCAACUGUGUCGCUGUGCAGGCAAUUAUACAUUGAACUGUGUGGACAACAGUUGUGACCCCACAGAAGAAUGUCGGGAAGUGGGAGGAAUCCAUGGCUGCUACCCUAAAGACACCUCGACUUGUAUCGCCUCAGGUGACCCACACUACACCACCUUUGAUAAGAAAUACUAUGACUUCAUGGGCAACUGCACUUACUUAAUGUCGGAGCCAUGUAACAGCACAGACGUACCUUACUUCGCUGUCUAUGUCGAUAAUGAGAAUCGCUACAACAUUCCCACGAUCAGUUAUGUGAGUGCUGUCCAUGUCCAUGUCCUGGGAGUGAAGGUGUCCAUCCUGAAACGAGGAGAUGUGCAGGUGAACGGAACCAAAGUAAACAUACCACUGAGCCCUGUUGCUGGAGUGGACAUUUUCAAACAGGGGACACUCUACACAGUGUCCAUGAACUUUGGUGUGACAGUUCGCUACGAUGGAAACCACUACGUGGACAUCAAAGUUAUCAAAGACUAUAAGGACAAGCUUUGUGGCCUGUGUGGAGACUACAAUGGCAAAAUUAAUGAUGACUUCCGUACCCCCACUGGUGAACUGGUCAACAGUCCAACUGAGUUUGGCAACAGCUGGAACACAGACCCAGACUGCAACAAAACCCCAGUUGACCCAAACCCAAGCUGCACAGACACAGAAAAGGACCUUUAUGAGAGUCCCGCUUAUUGCGGAAUCAUAUUGGACAGCAAAGGCCCGUUUGCCGUUUGUCAUCCAAAAGUCAAUCCUAACAGCUUCUUCCAAAACUGUGUGUUUGACCUGUGCGCGUUGGGUGGCCCUCACUCCGCAUUGUGUGAAGCGAUUGAAGCUUAUGUAAACGAGUGUCAGGACCGUGGUGUCAACAUCGGACCAUGGAGGAACAGUACCUUCUGCCCUCUUAUAUGCCCACCCAACAGCCACUACAAACCCUGCGUGUCUCCAUGCCAGCCCUCCUGUAACCCUCCUCCACCCAGCCAGUGUACUGGACCCUGUUCUGAGGGGUGUGAGUGUGACUCUGGAUAUGUACUCAGUGGUGACAAGUGUGUGAAGGAAGGCACAUGCGGCUGCAUGUAUAGUGGACAAUAUUACCAGCCAGGAGACACGUUCUACACUAAGGACUGUGAGCUGCUGUGCAAAUGUGAUUCUCCAUUCGUCACCUGCCGUGCCGCUGAAUGCCCUCCCAUGCAGCAGUGUGGUGUGCAGGGAGGGGAAAUAGGAUGCUACCCAGUUGACUCACAGGACUGCAUUAUAUCUGGUGAUCCCCAUUACAACACCUUUGAUGGUAAAUUCUACACCUUCAUGGGCACCUGCACUUACACCCUGGCCCGCAGCUGCAGAAACAACACUGGUCCCUGGUUCUCUGUGGAGGGAAAAAAUGAAGAGAGAGGGAUCACUGGUGUAUCCUAUCUCAAGAAGUUGUAUGUGACUGUCAGCGGUAUCACUGUAACAAUGAUGAAGAGCAGAACCACUCUGGUGAACGGUCGUAAAGUAGCUCUACCCCACUCUCCCUCUCCUCUAAUCACUUUAACAUCAGCUGGGCAGUAUGUUAUCCUCAGCACUCCUUUUGGUCUGGAGGUGAGCUGGGAUGGCAACCACUACGCUAAGAUCACUGUGCCCAGUACUUACUAUGAUCAGAUGUGUGGUUUGUGUGGAGACUACAAUGGAAACCCCAACAACGAUUUUACUAAGCCAGACGGUUCCCUGGCUGGCAGCUCAGAUCAGUUCGGCAACAGCUGGCAAACUGAUAAAGAUGAAGAUGAAACGUGCAAGCCUGAUGUCACACCUGACCCACCGUGUGAUCCAAGUUUUGAGGCUGAAGUGUCUAAACCAGAGAAAUGUGGAAAAAUCACUGACACUGCAGGACCAUUCAGGGAUUGUAUAAAGGUGGUGGACCCUCUGCCAUUCUUCCAGAGCUGUGUGUUUGAUAUGUGCCGCUAUGAUGGGCUGCUGCAGACUCUGUGUGACCAGCUACAGGCUUAUACUGAUGCCUGUCUCGGUGCAGGCGCUCCAGUGCAUCAGUGGAGGCAGCCAGACUUCUGCCCUCUGGUUUGUCCGCCUAACAGCCACUACUCUAUGUGUGUGAGUUCAUGUCCAGAGACAUGUGUUGGUGUGAUCGGCCCACCUGGCUGUGGAGAGAAGUGUGUUGAAGGAUGCAAGUGUGAUCCUGGCUUUGUCCUGAGCGACAACAAGUGUGUCCCUCUAAAAGACUGUGGCUGUGUGGAUCCUGAAGGCUCCUACCACCCUGUGAAUGAGAGCUGGUAUCUGGAAGGCUGUGAACACAAAUGUGUGUGUCUAAGUGGAAGAACCAUUCUAUGCUACAAUACCAGUUGUUUACCUACAGAGACCUGUCAACUGCUGGAUGGAGAGUACAUCUGUAAACCUAAUGAUGGACAAACAACAAAACCUCCAACCCCACAGCCAUCCACACCAAAACCAACAACCACAAAACCCACUACACCUCAGCCGUCGACCCCACAGACAUCCACGCCUAAACCUACAACUACAAAACCAACUUCUCCUUCACCACCAACACCACCACCAGUGAAGUGUCCUCCCGAUGCUGAGUACAUAGAGUGUGGUCCACCUUGCAUUCCUAGCUGUCAAGAACCCUCUACCAACUGCACUGGCUCCUGUAUCAGUGGCUGCUUCUGCAAACCUGGUUUUGUGUUUCGGGGAAAACGCUGUGUUCGCAUUGAGACUUGUGGAUGUCUGGAUGAAGACAAUAAUUACUACGAGCCGGGAGAGAUUGUCUUUGGGAAUGGCUGCUCCCAACUGUGUCGCUGUGCAGGCAAUUAUACAUUGAACUGUGUGGACAACAGUUGUGACCCCACAGAAGAAUGUCGGGAAGUGGGAGGAAUCCAUGGCUGCUACCCUAAAGACACCUCGACUUGUAUCGCCUCAGGUGACCCACACUACACCACCUUUGAUAAGAAAUACUAUGACUUCAUGGGCAACUGCACUUACUUAAUGUCGGAGCCAUGUAACAGCACAGACGUACCUUACUUCGCUGUCUAUGUCGAUAAUGAGAAUCGCUACAACAUUCCCACGAUCAGUUAUGUGAGUGCUGUCCAUGUCCAUGUCCUGGGAGUGAAGGUGUCCAUCCUGAAACGAGGAGAUGUGCAGGUGAACGGAACCAAAGUAAACAUACCACUGAGCCCUGUUGCUGGAGUGGACAUUUUCAAACAGGGGACACUCUACACAGUGUCCAUGAACUUUGGUGUGACAGUUCGCUACGAUGGAAACCACUACGUGGACAUCAAAGUUAUCAAAGACUAUAAGGACAAGCUUUGUGGCCUGUGUGGAGACUACAAUGGCAACAUUAAUGAUGACUUCCGUACCCCCACUGGUGAACUGGUCAACAGUCCAACUGAGUUUGGCAACAGCUGGAACACAGACCCAGACUGCAACAAAACCCCAGUUGACCCAAACCCAAGCUGCACAGACACAGAAAAGGACCUUUAUGAGAGUCCCGCUUAUUGCGGAAUCAUAUUGGACAGCAAAGGCCCGUUUGCCGUUUGUCAUCCAAAAGUCAAUCCUAACAGCUUCUUCCAAAACUGUGUGUUUGACCUGUGCGCGUUGGGUGGCCCUCACUCCGCAUUGUGUGAAGCGAUUGAAGCUUAUGUAAACGAGUGUCAGGACCGUGGUGUCAACAUCGGACCAUGGAGGAACAGUACCUUCUGCCCUCUUAUAUGCCCACCCAACAGCCACUACAAACCCUGCGUGUCUCCAUGCCAGCCCUCCUGUAACCCUCCUCCACCCAGCCAGUGUACUGGUCCCUGUUCUGAGGGGUGUGAGUGUGACUCUGGAUAUGUACUCAGUGGUGACAAGUGUGUGAAGGAAGGCACAUGCGGCUGCAUGUAUAGUGGACAAUAUUACCAGCCAGGAGACACGUUCUACACUAAGGACUGUGAGCUGCUGUGCAAAUGUGAUUCUCCAUUCGUCAACUGCAGUGCCGCUGAAUGCCCUCCCAUGCAGCAGUGUGGUGUGCAGGGAGGGGAAAUAGGAUGCUACCCAGUUGACUCACAGGACUGCAUUAUAUCUGGUGAUCCCCAUUACAACACCUUUGAUGGUAAAUUCUACACCUUCAUGGGCACCUGCACUUACACCCUGGCCCGCAGCUGCAGAAACAACACUGGUCCCUGGUUCUCUGUGGAGGGAAAAAAUGAAGAGAGAGGGAUCACUGGUGUAUCCUAUCUCAAGAAGUUGUAUGUGACUGUCAGCGGUAUCACUGUAACAAUGAUGAAGAGCAGAACCACUCUGGUGAACGGUCGUAAAGUAGCUCUACCCCACUCUCCCUCUCCUCUAAUCACUUUAACAUCAGCUGGGCAGUAUGUUAUCCUCAGCACUCCUUUUGGGCUGGAGGUGAGCUGGGAUGGCAACCACUACGCUAAGAUCACUGUGCCCAGUACUUACUAUGAUCAGAUGUGUGGUUUGUGUGGAGACUACAAUGGAAACCCCAACAACGAUUUUACUAAGCCAGACGGUUCCCUGGCUGGCAGCUCAGAUCAGUUCGGCAACAGCUGGCAAACUGAUAAAGAUGAAGAUGAAACGUGCAAGCCUGAUGUCACACCUGACCCACCGUGUGACCCAAGUUUUGAGGCUGAAGUGUCUAAACCAGAGAAAUGUGGAAAAAUCACUGACACUGCAGGACCAUUCAGGGAUUGUAUAAAGGUGGUGGACCCUCUGCCAUUCUUCCAGAGCUGUGUGUUUGAUAUGUGCCGCUAUGAUGGGCUGCUGCAGACUCUGUGUGACCAGCUACAGGCUUAUACUGAUGCCUGUCUCGGUGCAGGAGCUCCAGUGCAUCAGUGGAGGCAGCCAGACUUCUGCCCUCUGGUUUGUCCGCCUAACAGCCACUACUCUAUGUGUGUGAGUUCAUGUCCAGAGACAUGUGUGGGUGUGAGCGGCCCACCUGGCUGUGGAGAGAAGUGUGUUGAAGGAUGCAAGUGUGAUCCUGGCUUUGUCCUGAGCGACAAGAAGUGUGUCCCUCUAAAAGACUGUGGCUGUGUGGAUCCUGAAGGCUCCUACCACCCUGUAAAUGAGAGUUGGUAUCUGGAAGGCUGUGAACAUCAGUGUGUGUGUCUCAGUGGAAGAAUCAUUCAGUGUUACAGCACAAGUUGUUUACCUACAGAGACCUGCCAACUGCUAGAUGGAGAGUACAUCUGUAAACCAAAGGAUCCUACAGGUCCAGGAAUCUGCUCUGUGUCUGGGGACCCCCACUACACCUCCUUUGAUAAAAGGGUCCAUCAUUUCAUGGGCUCCUGCUCAUAUACCCUUACCAAGCCCUGUAAUGAAACCUCAGGGUUACCCUACUUUACUGUUGACACUCAAAAUGAACAUAGGAGCAAUAACAAGAAAGUGUCUUAUGUGAAAUCAGUCAUUAUCAAUGUGUAUGGAAUUAAGAUUAUCUUGGACAAAGGCCAUAAAGUCCAGGUAAAUGGAGUUCGGGUGACUGUGCCCAUCACUAUGCCAAAUGAUGUAAAGAUCUUCCUAAGCGGAAAGUUUGUGGUGCUGGAGACAAACUUUGGCCUGCGUGUUCGCUUUGAUGGCAAUCACCAUGCCGAUGUCAGUCUUCCCUCCUCUUACAAAGGCUUGUUGUGUGGAAUGUGUGGAAAUUACAACGACAACCCAACAGACGACAACAUUAUGUCAGAUGGCAAGCCUACAAGCAACACUAAUGAGCUUGGAGAGAGCUGGCAGGUGCCAGAUGAUAGACCAGAUUGUAUUCAUGAUGGUGGAGAUAUUGAAUGUAAUAAAGAUAUUGAGAGUGAAGCUAAGAAACCAACCAGCUGUGGAAUGAUCACUGAUCCUGAUGGAAUCUUCAAAGCAUGCCAUAAAGUUGUGCCACCUAACCCAUACUUUGAGAACUGCGUGUUUGACCAGUGUGGCACAGGUGGAGCUACUGUGGCCCUCUGCCAGGCUAUUGAGAGCUAUGCUGACCUCUGUGCCCAAGCUGGUGUGCCAGUUGACUGGAGGAACAAUACUUUCUGUCCCAUGAAAUGUCCUGUUGGCAGUCACUAUGAGCACUGUGCUACUGCAUGCCCCCCCAGCUGUCAGGAUCCUGGUUCAGCCAGCACAUGCACACAGCCAUGUGUAGAAGGAUGUGUUUGCAAUGAAGGAUUGAUAUUGAGCGGAGUCAAGUGUGUGCCCUUCAGUCAGUGUGGAUGUACUGAUAAGAACAGCAACUACAGACCGGUGGGCGAAAGCUGGUUUACUAAGGAUGACUGCUCUGAACGCUGCAUGUGUUAUCCUUUGAACAAUGUGACAUGUGAAGCAUGGAAGUGUAGCCCUGCACAGGAGUGUAAAGUCCACGAAGGCCAGCUGGGCUGUGUGGAUACAGGAGUGGGUAUUUGCCACAUUGCUGGUGAUCCUCAUUACUACACCUUUGAUGGUAUCAUGCAUACCUACAUGGGCACAUGUACCUAUACUUUGGUGGAAGUUUGCAACAGCUCCAUGGUGACUCCAUUUACCAUUGUGGCCAAAAAUGAAGAGCGUGGCCAGCCUGAAGCCUCAUACAUUCGUUCUGUCACUAUCCACCUUCCAGGAGCCAACAUCACACUAAGCAAGAGCAAGAGAGUGUUGCUGGAUGGCCAAAAAAUACGUACCCCUAUGGACAUUGCUUUAGCUAAGGCCAGAGUGUUCACUAGUGGAGUCAACAGCGUUCUAUCCACGGACUUUGGCCUCAUUGUCCAGUUUGAUGGCAUUCACCAUGUGGAGAUUACUGUACCUGGAGACUACUUCAACAAGGUAUGUGGCAUGUGUGGUAACUACAAUGGUAAUUUCACUGAUGAUGACUUGAUGCCAAAUGGCCAGCCAGCUAAAGAUGUCAUAGAGUUGGGCAAUAGCUGGAAGGCAGAGGGAGACAGCGAUCCCGGAUGCCAGCCAGACACACGCCCCGAUGUCCACCCAAACUGCACAGACACAGAAGAGGAAGUUAUCCGCAAUCAGUGUACAAGCAUUAUCAUGUCAGACAAGUUUAAACCUUGCCACUCUCUAAUCCCUCCUAAGCCCUUCAUAGAGAACUGCAUCUAUGACAUGUGCGAGUAUGAUGGCAUGGAGUCAACACUGUGCGAUAAUGUGGCUGCAUAUGCCCAGGCCUGUCAGAGUGCCGGUGUCACCAUCAGCUGGAGGAACACCACCUUCUGUCCUCUUCCAUGCCCCCCAAACAGCCACUAUUCAGACUGCACACCACCAUGCCCUCCUACCUGUGCAGACCUUUUUCCCAUUUUCUGCCCCCUGCCACCAAAUAGCUGCGUGGAAGGCUGCCAGUGUAAUGCAGGCUUUGUGCUGAGUGAUGGAAAGUGUGUAAAAUUGUCCAACUGUGGAUGUGUGGACAGCAAAGGAGAAUAUCAUGAUGUUGGGGAUUCGUGGCUGACAGAACAUUGUGACCAGAAGUGCACAUGCAGUCAGGGAGGAGUACUGAGCUGCAAGGACUUUCAGUGCAGUUCCAGUUCUGUUUGUGCCUUGAACAAUAACGGUGAACGCUACUGCAAACCUGAGAGUUUUGAUAAGUGCAUCAUUUCUGGGGAUCCACACUACCGCACCUUUGACAAAUUCAACCACCACUACCAGGGCCCGUAUACGUAUGUGUUAACCAAAGAUCAUAAUCUACCCAGCUUCCUCACGCCCCUUACCGUAAAGGGUAAGAACGCCCGAAGAGGUGGCAUCAGCCGUGUCUCCUACCUGCUGGAGGUUUAUGUGGAAGUGUAUGGUGUCAGUGUUCGUAUGCUCCAAAAGAAGGGGCUGCUGGUUAAUGGUGAGCGAGUGUCCCCUCCAUUGAGUCCUAACCAGGGUAUCAAGAUCUCCUUGAACUCCCGCUACCUACAGCUGACAACUGACUUUGGACUCACCGUGCGCUUUGAUGGCAACAUGCAAGGAGAGGUGAUUUUGCCGAGCACCUACAAGACGCAUGUGCUCGGCCUUUGUGGAAACUAUGACGGUCGCGCUAAUAAUGAGUAUGUGAAGCCUGAUGGCAGCAUCACCCGCAACCUAAAUGAGUUUGGAGAUAGCUGGAGAGUGAGUGACAAGCAAGGAGAGGAUGCUUCAGACCUGCCCCGGCUCAUCCGUUUGCAUAAGAGAGAGAUGGAAGGAGAUUUAGACUCAGGCUUUGAGACACUCGGAUGCACUGAAGCUCAGCUGGAGGAGCUGAAUGGGAAGAAUCAUUGUGGAGCAUUAAGUGACCCUUCAGGACCCUUUGCUCCCUGCCACAGCACCAUUAAUCCUGAUCCGUUCCAGGAAGACUGUGUGUUCGACUUGUGUGCAGAGCAGAGCAAUUCCACACUGCGCUGUGAAAGCUAUGCUGUUUAUGCCCUGUCUUGUCAGGAGCAGGGAAUUAUCUUAGGGCCUUGGAGAACACAACUGCAGUGUGGUCUGUCAUGUGGUGCCAACAGUAGUUACGCAUCCUGUAUGACUGUAUGUCCAGCAUCAUGCGCUGACCUAGCAGCUCCUUCUGAAUGUGAGCAAACUUCAUGCCUGGAGGGAUGUCAGUGUAAUCCUGGAUUUACCAUGAGUGGCAACGAGUGUGUUCCUUACAAUGAGUGUGGAUGCAGCUUUUUGGGCCGCUACUACACUCUGAUGGACACAUUUGUGACUGAGGACUGUGCUCAGAGCUGUAAAUGUACACCCACUGGUGCUGUGUGUCAGCCCAAAGGAUGCAAAGACAACGAAGUCUGUACCAUCUCCAACACUUUACGUGAUUGCUACACCUUGAACCCAUGCACAAGCUCACCUUGCUUGAACGGUGGCACUUGUGUUGAAGGAACAGACAUCAGCUACACCUGCUUAUGUCCAAAAGGUUUUACAGGGAAUAACUGUGAGGAAAAAGUAGGCCUAGAUCAGACAAGCAUUAUUCUGAUUGGAGUCUUGGUACCACUUGCAGUAAUCAUCAUUGUCAUAAUAACUGUGCUUGUCUGCAAGAAAAACAGGCACAGAAAAGUCAGUUAUGACACCAGUAGCAGUAGCAGUCUACCACUGGGGAAUAAAGAUCAUCCCUAUGAAAAUUUGGAUAAGAGCAGGAGUGUGGACAGCACAGUGAUGAAAUCGUCCUCGUUCUGAAUCAUCCAAGUGUUUUAAUUUGAUUUCAUUCAUUCAUUCAUUCAUUCAUCUUCUACCACUUAUCCGAACUACCUCGGGUCACGGGGAGCCUGUGCCUAUCUCAGGUGUCAUCGGGCAUCAAGGCAGGAUACACCCUGGACGGAGUGCCAACCCAUCACAGGGCACACACACAUUCUCAUUCACUCACACAAUCACACACUACGGACAAUUUUCCAGAGAUGCCAAUCAACCUACCAUGCAUGUCUUUGGACCAGGGGAGGAAACCGGAGUACCCGGAGGAAACCCCCGAAGCACGGGGAGAACAUGCAAACUCCACACACACAAGGCGGAGGCGGGAAUCGAACCCCCAACGCUGGAGGUGUGAGGCGAACGUGCUAACCACUAAGCCACCGUGCCCCCUAAUUUGAUUUCAUUUUGUAUUUAUUAAAUUUUGACUUCUGGUGGAAUUAACAGGUGAACAGGAAUUAUUUAAUUACAGUGAAUAUAUUUUGUAAUCAUCAUUCAUAACUUAUUUGUAAACCUUAUUGUAAUUGUUGGUAUAAUGUGUAAUACUCUACUGCCUUAAUGAAAUGAUACGUUUUUAAACCUUG